GCGAGAGUGCGGGAAGCUGAGAGGGGCGUUGGUUGUGCUGGCCGCUCGCGAGGCUCGGCAGAGCACUGAGCAGGUGGAAGAGGAAGUGCGGCGGUUUCAUCUGCUGGCGCUAUGGCGACACAGAGGUCUAACCCCUUCUGCUUGAGCGUGAAAGGCCAUGUGAAGAUGCUGCGGCUGGCACUCUCUGUGACAUCUAUGACCUUUUUUAUCCUUGCACAAGCCCCCGAACCAUACAUUGUUAUCACAGGAUUUGAAGUCACUAUUAUUCUCUUUUUCAUUAUUUUGUAUCUUCUCAGACUUGACCGUGUCAUGAAAUUCUUAUUUUGGCCUUUGCUUGAUAUCAUCAACUCAAUAGUAGCAACAUUAUUCUUGAUCAUUUUAUCUGUAUUGGCACUGCUACCAGAAACCACAUUAUAUACCAUCUUUGGAGGGGUGUUCGCACUCCUCACAGCGGUGAUCUGUAUUGCUGACAGUGCCCUUAUUUACCGGAAGCUUCUGUUCAAUCCAAGUGGUCCUUACCAGAAAAAGCCUGUCCAUGGCAAAGAAGAUAUGUAAUUUACUCCUCCUUUGUAGUGAAUCUCAAGAAUUAAACCUAUUUCCUCCUGUUUUCAUACUA